GGCAGCUCUGCUCUAACUAGCAAGUGGGAAAUGUGUCUCACAUAUCGAUUCAACACACAAAUUUCAAGUGAAUACUCAACGUGAUACUCGAAUGCAGAAUGAAUGCAGCUGUUUGUGUGAUGGUCACCGUGCCCACCGAGCUGGAGGAGAAGCGUCGCCUACAACCGCAUCUAAAACAAAGGAUGCGAGACAGAGAGAAAGCGAAUGCAGAGCAGCUGCCAGGGAAUGCGCCACUCGAGCAAGUGUUGCGAUCGAUUGUGGAAAAGCUGCGAGUGGAGCAAGUCUUUUGGUCACAGGAUCUGGCGGGAUGUCAACUCCAGGCACGCUUUGAUCUGCAGCAGGACGAGCGCUACGAACGCUUGCUGAGUACGCUGCAGGAUUGGGGCAUUGGCGAGAGAGCUGGCACCCAAGUGACUGCCAUCAAUUGCCUGGAGACGCGACUGAAGCGGGGCACAGUUGGAGCUGGAGCAGCGACUGAGACUGAGACUGCAACUCAACAACAACAGCAGCAACAGCAGCAACAGCAACAGCGACAACAUCUCGGCUGGCAGAGCUUUAUGGACUCGGUGCGAUGUCGCCUGAAUGUGAAUCAAGUUGUUCGCUUGGUGCGUCGCGAUGCCACCAUCAACUUUGACUUUGUCGUGCUCCUCGUGGCUGCCGCUUUGCUCUCCUGCGUGGGUCUCGUCGAGAACAGUUUCCUCUUCCUCUCCAGCAGCAUGCUCAUCUCCCCCCUGAUGGGUCCCAUCAUAGCGGGCAUCUUUGGCUCCGUGAUACGCGAUCGUGGACUCCGUUGGCUGGGCAUACGCAACGAGCUGAUUGGCAUUGGCAUCUCCGUUGCCAUUGGCUUCGUUUUUGGCUGCGCCAUCUGCUUUGGUGGCCUCUCGCGACACUUUGUGCUCUCCGGCGGCUUCACCGAGGAGAUCAUCACACGCUGCGACACUCACUCGCUGGCCAUUGGCCUUGUGACAGCGUUGGCCUCGGGUGCGGCGGCUGCUAUUGGCGUGCUGGGCGGCAACACGGGAUCGUUAGUGGGCGUGGCUAUCUCGGCAUCGCUGCUGCCGCCGGCGGUGAAUGCGGGACUCUUGGGCGCCAUCGGAGCGUGCAUGCAACUGUGGCACGUGGAUGCGCAACUGUUGCAGAGCCUUUCAAAGCAUCGCGACUAUUCACAGCAGCUGCACAUUGAGCUGUUCAUCUGCGCAGCAGUGAGCAUGGCCUUAACCCUUGUCAAUGUGCUGUGCGUGUGGCUGAUGGGCGUUGUCGUGCUGCACAUCAAGGAGGUGGCGCCGACGGUGCAGCGACGGGAUCAGCACUUUUGGAGGCACGAUGUGCGGCUGGCACGCGAGGUGGCGCUGCACGAUCCCGAGCUGCACAGCGCCAUCGAUCGACUGGACAGCGAUGAGCGGCGACUCAUCGAUGUGGAGGCCACGCAGUAUCAGCACACUUGGUCGCCGGGCAUGUUGCAUGCCACAGCAACGGCAACGGCAACGGAAAGUGAGACGGAGGCCAAGCAGGAGCACAACUAUCACACGGUCCACGGGUUUCAGGACUUUUGCAUUACACUGCACAAGCUCAAGCGGCCGCAGCUGGCAAGCAGCGUUGCGGCGCCGUUGCCCAGCUUCAUGGAGGUGUUCAAGCCGCUGCCAGAGAAGCAAGAGAUGGACGUGGCAAGUGCAGAGAGCUGUCAGCUUAACGUGCAUCGCAGUUUGCCUGAUAUGCGGACGAAACAGCAUCCGAGGCUGCCGCGCUGCGUGCACUGGCAAGAGGAGCAGCAUCCUAGUCACAGUCACAGUCGCAGUCACAGUUACAGCAAGAGUAGCAGUUACACUCCAUGUUAUGACUGUGAUAAUCAGAGCGCCAGUUCAAGUCACAGUCACAGUUACAGCAAAAGUAACAGUUACAAUCCCAGUCACAGUUACAGUCACAGUUUCAGUCACAGCGACAGCCCCAAUCCUAAUCACAGUCACAGUCACAGUUACAGCACAAGUAACAAUCCCAGUCACAGUUACAGUCACAGUCACAGUUACAGCCCCAAUCGACAAAGAUUCUCGCACUCGGGCCAAGUGCUGCUGCCUUUGCCGCCGGAUCGACGUCUGCGUUUGCUUCGCAGUCGCAGCAAGGACAACAAGAACAGCGAGGAAUGCGACUACGAGCACGAGUUCAAUGUCUAGCCAAAUGCUGUGUUCACUCUUGUCACAUUUUUACUCUGCUUGGCCAAUAGACGAGACGACAGCAAGACAAACAUAAAUUCUGCA